CCUUUCCGAGACCUGUGGUGCGUGCUGUGGAGCCUUGUCAAGUCUGCUCUGUCCUGACUCACCGCUGUUCGCUCCUGCUGAGGAACAAGUCGGUCAGGAAGCUACGCCUCAGCCAUGGCAUUUAAAGAUACCGGGAAGACUCCCGUGGAGCCCGAAGUGGCGAUUCACCGGAUUCGAAUCACGCUCACCAGCCGCAACGUGAAGUCGCUGGAAAAGGUUUGUGCGGACUUGAUCAGAGGCGCAAAGGAGAAGAAUCUGAAAGUGAAAGGACCAGUGCGCAUGCCUACCAAGACACUGAGAAUCACUACCAGAAAAACCCCUUGCGGUGAAGGUUCCAAGACGUGGGAUCGUUUCCAGAUGAGAAUCCACAAGCGACUCAUUGACUUACACAGUCCUUCAGAGAUUGUUAAGCAGAUUACUUCCAUCAGUAUUGAGCCUGGAGUGGAGGUUGAAGUCACCAUUGCAGAUGCCUAAGUCAACUGUUUAAAUAAAUUGACUUAAUUGUUAAGUUUUGCUGGCUUUUAUUCAGGUUUUUUAGUGUUCAUGAGUGUAAAUGAAUGUGUGUCACACGGGUGCCAGUAGAUGUUCCUUUGAACCACCAUGUAGAUGCUGGAGAUCCAACCUGCAUCCUCAGAACAAGUUCCUUAACCACCGAGCAAGUACUGAAGCAUUAAACUGCUUUUAGAAAUAAAGGUGUGGCAACAGACUGGUCAAGUGAAAAA